GUGCCGCGGACCGAACUCAAAUAGGUACGCAUUUGAAGCUUGCUUAAAGAUCACCAGUACUGUUGUCGACCUACCCAAUAAUCUCUCAGAUUAGCGUCAGCAUAUCAUCAAUUACAUUAUCGGUCUUUCAAUGGCUGCCAGUAUUGGCCAACCUGGUGACAGCCACAGGUCCAAUUUCAAGACCUCUUUUCAUCGCUCGCAGCAAGCGCCAGUCAUAUUAGGUCAACAAUCCUCUGGCGGAUUACUUGCUCGGCUGCAUUCGUCAUCCCAGGGAGGUUCUGAUGAUUUCGAUGCUCUAGAGAAGCUGUUCUUCUCAUGCAUUCAGUCCACCGACGACGAGUCUGCUUUGCUAUGUCUCGAGCGCUUGACACAACGCUUUGGCUCAUCCAAUGAGAGGGUUAUGGCGUUGCGCGGCCUAUACGACGAGGCAACUGCGGAAAAUCAAGCUGGCCUAGAGCUGUCUUUGAAAAGAUAUGAUGACAUACUUUCGCAAGACCCUGUCAACCUGCCGAUCAUUAAGCGCCGCAUUGCCCUUCUUCGGUCGUUAUCGAAAACUUCGGAUGCCAUAUCUAGUUUAGUACAGCUCCUUGACGCGACACCUACAGAUGUGGAAGCCUGGUGCGAGCUCGCAGAAUUAUAUCAAUCACAGGGGAUGUGCCCACAAGCAAUCUUCAGCCUCGAGGAAGCAUUGUUGAUUGUACCACAUGCUUGGAAUGUUCAUGCUCGCUUAGGCGAGCUUCUAUACACUUACGCCCGUUCACUAGAAGGUGAUGCUAUGCGCAAGCAAUUACAACUAUCCAUCCGCCAUUUCUGUAGGAGUGUUGAGCUCUGCGACGACUACUUAAGGGGCUUCUAUGGCCUGGCCUUGGCGACCUCACCUUCUCUUGUAAAUGGGACUUUGGAACUGACAUACUUGGGGAGCACUGUGGGGAAAGAUACUCUUGGCAAUCUGCAUGCCCUGGCAAGGAGAAGGCUCGAGCAGACCCUUUCAACGAAUAACUCCAAAGAGCCACAUCUUCGCGAGUACGAUGAAAAUGAGCUGUCAGCUGUAAAGAAGCUUCUUGACGAGCUCGAGGGUAUUUGAUUGUAGUCACUUUAGGUUAAUUUCUUGAAUCAAAUGUGGUCUUACUUAGGUAACUUUGUACUCUCAGGUUUGGGAGAAUCGUACCUAGAUCAUCUCUCGGGGCGACGGAGACAGUCGAUCGGAUAACUGCC